AGAUAUAUCAAACGUAUUUUUGUUUUUCUACUUUUAGCUUUAUCAAAUGCAACAUAUUCAACUAAUAGUAGUUCAACAAGUUUAAUUUCUCGUCCCAAUCCAACAAUAUGUCAACUUGAUUUUUCAUCAUCAUCUACUAAUCAAAUACUAUUGCAUUUAUUUAAUCCAUUGAGUACAACAACACAACAAUAUAAUAAUACAUUUAUUGCUAAUUCAACUUGGACAACAUUAACAAUUUCAUUACGCAGUGAUGCUAGUUACUGGUAUUUAUAUGCGGUGUAUAUUUAUGAUCAAACAGCAAUAACAGGUCAGAAUAUAUUAUUAAAUGGCGAUUAUGGUACUGGUACAUUAUAUGGUUGGACUAUAACGCCUUCUACGAAUCCAUCAAUUAGCCUUGGUUCUUAUGUGACUUGGACGGGUAGUAAAAUUCUUUGUCAAACAUUUCCAACUGUAAUCGGUAAUACAUAUUUAAUUCGAUAUUCAAUGAAGUCUGCCAAUACAACGCCAUAUAUAAUUGCUGCUGUAACAGUUGGUCCAUAUCAAUUGCAAACAAAUGCAUCAUCGUCUUUUAAUGUUUCAAUUGCUUCGACGCCGCCACCAGCUAAUAGUACGGGUUCAUGGGUUCAACAAUCCACAUGGGCAUCAAAUAAAGUACCAACAGAUGGAUGUUCUGUAGCUAUUCUAUCAAAUGUGGUCGUAACGUUAGUGACAUUAAAUAAUUAUAUACCACAAAUUAUUGUUAAUGGUACACUCAUACUCGGCGGUUCACAACCAACUUUCGGCCUUGCUCAUGAAAUUCAAAUUAUUGUUAACGGUCUGUUAAUUGAUAAUACACAACAAAAGACGUUUAUUUUACUUUAUAAUUCACAAAUACAAAUAAAUAGUGGUGGAACAUUUAUAACACAACCAACUAUUGUACAAAG